UCUUAUCUUUUCCAGACCAUAAUCCAAGUGCAUAUUUCACGACUCUUAUUAUCAUAGACUUAUCAACGAGAUCCAACAUUUCAGGUAAAAUAUUUUGGAUUUAGCAGAAGGAAUGAUUGGACCACAAGAUAUUUCAUCAAUCAAAAUUCAUCCCUUAUCAUUAAACUCCACUGAUCGAGUUCUAGAGGACACUAUCAAGGAGCGCAUAGCCUUGAUAGAGGGUAGUCCGCAAAUUCUCGGGUCUGAUGACUCCUUCUUUAUUGCAGAUUUGGCCGAGGUCCAGCGCCUCUAUGCUACCUGGAAAGCUCAUCUGCCCUACGUCAAGCCUCACUAUGCCGUCAAAUGCAACCCCGAUCCUAUGCUUCUUCGAUGCCUUAUCCAGCUCGGCAUUGGGUUUGAUUGUGCAUCAAUCGAGGAGAUGCAGACCGUUUUGAAUUUGUGCGUUGCUCCUAACAAUAUUAUAUUUGCAAAUCCCUGCAAAUCCUCGUCGGCUCUCGUCUUUGCAAGUAAUAGCGGCAUCAGAAUGACCACAUUUGACAACCUAGACGACCUCGAUGCCGUGAAAACAUAUAUGCCCCAUGCACAACUGAUACUCAGAAUCUUUGCAAAUGAUGAUAGUGCCUUGUCGGCCCUCGGAGACAAGUUUGGUGCUCAUAUGGAAUCGACUCCAGUGUUGUUAGAGCGAGCAAAGGAAUUGGAUCUAGCCAUAGUUGGUGUUAGCUUCCACAUUGGCAAGUUCUUACACCUCUAUGGACGGGCCCGUAAUCCAGAUAUUAUGAAAAAGGCAAUUACUGAUGCUAGACUGGUUUGGUCUGCCGCAGAGAAGCUUGGCUUCAAUAUGACUGUGUUAGACAUUGGUGGUGGGUUUCACUCGUCCAAAGUGGAGUUUCAAAUGAUGGCCAAUGCUGUGAAUGAAUCUUUUUCAACUGCAUCAUUUCCAAAGCAUGUCACCGUAGUUGCAGAACCUGGACGCUUCUUUGCUAAAACUGUCUACACACUGGUCUGUCGUGUUAUUUCAAGAAGGAGGCGUGCUGGAGACCUUCCUUGUGAUGAACCAGAGAUGCUUUACCAGAACGAUGGAGUCUUCAGAAACUUUAUGAACGCUCUCUUCGAAGGUGAAAUAUUCACACCAGCGGCUUUGGUUGAGAGCAGCACAACCAGGCACAUGCAACGUCAGGGCGGACCACAUACUUACCGCAUAUGGGGUCCAACCUGUGACAGUUCGGACUGUAUAACGCGCAAAAUGCAUUUUACUUGCGAAGUGAAGGUGGAUGACUGGCUUAUUUAUAGAAACAUGGGUGCCUAUGCUUCCGUGACCGCAACGAGAUUUAACGGUUUUUCCAGUCAGACGAAGACUUUUUACACUUUUAUUGAACGAAAUCAUGAUGUUGUAAUCAACGCAGCGGGCCAGAAAUCCUCACGCAUCGUAGUAUAA